AUGGAAAUGAACCCAAAGUUGAAAACAGCAGCUGAAACAGGAAACGUCGAUGCCUUGCAUGUUCUUAUCCUAGAAGAUCCAUACAUCUUGGAAGGCAUUGACCAGACUCCUUUCAUCCAGACUCCACUCCAUGUGGCAGCAAAUGAAGGGCACAUUGAUUUUGCAAUGGAGAUGCUGAACUUGAAGCCUUCGUUUGCCAAGAAGCUGAACCGAGAAGGGUUUAGCCCCAUGCACUUGGCGCUGAAGAACGGGAAGACCAAGCUGGUGCACCUACUGUUGGAGACCGAUAAAGAUCUGGUUCGUGUCAAAGGUUGGAAAGGGGUGACUCCUUUCCUUUACGCAGCUACAACGGGAAACCAUAAGCUUUUAUUGAAGUUUCUUGAGGCUUGCCCCGAAUGCAUCGAAGACGUUACGAUCCGCGGCGAGACCGCUUUACAUCUCGCUCUGAAACACGGCGAUGUCGAAGCUUUUAAACUCCUAUUCGGAUGGUUUCAAAGGACCCGUCAUGCUAAGAGCGCGUUUACUUUUGAAGACAAAAUGGUGAAUUGGAAAGACAACGAUGGCAACACUGUCUUGCACAUUGCAGCCAUGAAGGAACAACGUGAGGAAAUGAAACUAAUGUUAGAUUCCUACGUUUUGUUGGAUGUAAAAGCCAAGAACUCGAAAGGUUUGACAGCUCAAGAUAUCAUUCAAAAGGACGAAAAACAAUUACCAGGCAGGAACAUCAAGGUGGACGACGACGACAUGAUCUAUGACGACGACGUUGAUUCCAAGAUUAAAGGGAUGAAAAAAAAAGUUAACCCUGUCUAUAGAUGCCGUGUAGUGGUAGCACGCGUGAAGAACCGCGUGUCGAUCGACAUGAUCAACUCCAUGCUGGUGGUCACGGCGCUGGUUAUAACAGCAGUCUACCAAUCGUCGUUAAGUCCGCCCGGUGGUGUUUGGCAAGGAAACAAUGACAACAAUCCGGCCAACGUCUCUGACAUCAGUACUACGAAUCACUACUUCCCCGAACCCAACUACAACGACACCAUUGUAAAUUUUCUUUUGGGCCAGGAGCAGGAAUCGAAAAGACCCGGUACCACGAUAUUGACUCCAGACGGGUUCGCUUUGUUUUGGGCGGUGAACGUCCUUACCUUUGGGCUUACGAUUGCUCUGACAGUAUUCAUCCUCUUCAGUUUCAAUAUUUUCCUGUUGGUUGUCCUCCCGCUUUAUAUGUUGGUCAUCUCCUACUUCUGCUCCAUGAUGAUCUUAUCGCCAUCAGCUUCCUGGUCAUACUUAAACGUUGGACUCAUAGUGGCUCUUGAACUCCUCCCAUUGGCAUUGUUUUUGGCAUGGACAUUCCCAAUAAGAUAUUUAUGGAAGCAAACUAAGGACGAACGCAAGUUUCGUAACAGGCUGCGUGAAGUUCUUGGCAUGAACAAAUGUGAUAUCGGAAGCACUCUACUCUUUCUACGCCGACAGCGCUAA